GCUCUUGCCUGUCAAUGGAUGGGCGCCGACAUGAGAAUGAGGAGAGCUGGCACGAUGGCUGCAGGGAAUGUUACUGUCACAGUGGACGGGAAAUGUGUGCCUUGAUCACCUGCCCUGUUCCUAAUUGUGGCAACCCCACCAUACAUCCAGGCCAGUGUUGCCCAUCGUGUCCAGAUGAAAUAAUUGUGCAGAAGCCAGAGCUCACCAGUCCAUCAAUCUGCCAUGCUCCUGGCGGGGAGUACUUUGUAGAAGGAGAAACAUGGAAUAUUGAUUCUUGCACACAAUGUACAUGCCACAGUGGACGUGUCCUGUGUGAGACUGAAGUCUGUCCUCCUCUUCUUUGUCAAAACCCCACCCGCACACAGGACUCCUGCUGUCCACAGUGCGCAGAUGAGCCUCUUCAGCCCUCUUCCUCAAGCAAUGAGAGCAUGCCCAGCUACUGCAAAAAUGACGAAGGCGAUAUUUUUCUGACAGCGGAGUCCUGGAAGCCCAACGUCUGCACUAGCUGCAUCUGCAUGGAUGAAGAUACAGUUCCAAAGAAAGUGGUCUGCCACUUCAACGGAAAAACAUACGCAGAUGAGGAACGCUGGGACAUUGACAGCUGCACACACUGCUACUGCCUGCAAGGCCAGACUCUCUGCUCCACUGUCAGCUGCCCACCCCUCCCUUGUGCCGAACCCAUCAACGUGGAGGGAAGCUGCUGUCCCAUGUGUCCAGAGAUGUAUGUACCUGAACCUACUAACAUCCCCAUUGAGAAGACAAAUCAUCGAGGGAACAUUGAAAUAGAAGUACCAAACUGGCCCACACCAAGUGAAAAUGACAUCGUCCACAUUAACAGGG